GCCACUGGACUCGGGGCGCAGCCGAGCGGCUGCAGGGGUGGGGCGGACCCGACGCCCUGCGGGGCUCGGGCGCCGCAGGUUCGAGGCCGGGCCCCGCGCGCCGGAGGCCGCGCUACCCCCGGGGAGCUGCCCGGCGGUGAGUUUGCCCAGCAGCCGAAAGAAGGCGGGAGCCAGCGGGGGCCCUGGAAACCUUCUGGCAACCUGGGCCCGGAGUCUCCGGGGACCUGCCGCUUCCUGGGUCGCCCUCCCGGACGUCCCCGCCGAAGGGUAACUGUUCUGGGCCCCCGGCAAAAGGAGCCUUCAGGUGACCCCCGGCGGGGCCCUGCGAGCCGCGAGAGCCAACCUCGGGGCCUGGAGCCGGGGAGGAAGGGGGCUUUCCGGAGACGCGCGGCAGGGUCCGAGGAGCCGUAGCGCAGCGGAGCGGAGCCGGGCCUCCCGGGCACGGGGCAGGGCAGCGCGUGCUCUGGAGACAGACUCUGGGACCCUCGGGUGCGGGGGCCUCGGCGACUGCCCCGCGGAGAUCGCGGCCGCGGAGUGGCCUACAGGGGAGCCUACCCCCAAGAGGCCGGCCCGGGACGGGGAGAUGAACGGCUUUAGCACCGAGGAGGACAGCCGCGAAGGGCCCCCCGCCGCCCCCGCCGCCGCCCCGGGCUACGGCCAGAGCUGCUGCCUCAUCGAGGACGGCGAGCGCUGCGUCCGGCCGGCGGGCAACGCCUCCUUCAGCAAGAGGGUCCAGAAGAGCAUCUCGCAGAAGAAACUCAAACUGGACAUCGACAAGAGCGUAAGGCACCUGUAUAUCUGUGACUUCCACAAGAAUUUCAUCCAGAGCGUUCGGAAUAAAAGGAAGAGGAAGACGAGUGACGAUGGCGGAGAUUCUCCUGACCACGACACCGACAUUCCUGAGGUUGAUCUGUUCCAGCUGCAGGUGAACACUCUACGACGCUAUAAACGACACUACAAAUUGCAGACCAGACCAGGCUUCAAUAAGGCCCAGUUAGCAGAAACUGUCAGUCGACACUUCAGGAACAUACCUGUGAAUGAAAAAGAGACCCUUGCCUACUUCAUCUACAUGGUGAAGAGUAACAAGAGUAGACUGGACCAGAAAUCAGAGGGCAGCAAGCAGCUGGAGUGAGGAUGAAGCACAUCCUCGGGAAUGAAGUCUGAUGCUCGACGCACAGGUGACAUCUGCUACAGUUAAGCCCGUAAAGACUUUUAAGUUUUAUUAUAAAUAAAAAUGUUUGAAUGAUACAUACUGUAAAUCUUUUUGGUCAGGAGGAUUAUAUUCUCCUGAUUCAGCAUGUGUAUACAAAGACUUUGUUUUAAGGCAACUACUGGGCUGAAAAAAAAAGCAAGAUCAUAGAAAAAAUUAAAGAAAAACUACGUAUUGCAGCAUUCAAAACAGCAUUAAGUCAGUGCUACUGGAAAUGAGGGGUAACAUAUUUUGGGAGUCACCUGGUAAUCCCAUUCUGCCACGCGUGAGAGGUAGCGCUGUGACAUCAGCAGGGUGGCGGUGGUGGAGGAGGUGUGUGAGCAGACCCCCAUGUGCUGGGGCCAGGGAGGCCCCGCCUUGUUUCAGGCUUUGUUGAUCAGCAGAUCGGUUUGACCCCGUCCCCCUGGCUGGCCCCGUGCCUUACACACAGUAGGCACUCCAUCGGCAUUCGUUGGCUAAUCGAGCUGUCACUAACAGUGCCAGCCUUGUAACAGCUGCUUCACACCUCCAGUUAAUGAGGCCUCUGCAACUUCUGUGGUUUACCACUUAACUUCUAGAGUGUGGAGGAAAUCCUGACGGACCAACAAGAGGUUUCACAUCAAAUGAGCACCUCAGGACAGUCACGUGUGCCAAGCUGUAUUUGUGGAGGCUCCAGAAACACAGGUGCAGAGAGACCUCUCAGGAGAUGUGGCCCUUUGCACACCCUUCUGCACUUCCUUCUUUGGGGUGAAGUUGUGUAUUGAGAUUUCAGCCAUUCUCCUGGGCCGUAAAUGCUUUUGCAAAUGGAGGUACUUAGAGGUUUGGGGCCCGUGUUUUCAGAAGUGCUAAUCCGUAGUUCAUGACCACCAAGAAGGCUGCCAAGGACCGUGUGCUUCCCACUCAGAAGUCCAGCUGUGGGGCAGAAGUCUGCCUGGCCUCGAUGCCCUGGGCUCAGGGUCAGCAACAAACC